CAUAGAGAUAGACUUGCAUUAAUAUGUAGGCUUUUACAGAAAAUACAAGCGCCCGCCAUAUAUAUUAAUUCAAAUCUUUCUAGCAAAAUUAUUGCACCUUGAGGGGAUCUGCAAAUGUUUCCCAGGGAUAGAGUGCUGCUUGGCUAAUGGGUGAGUGAAAAUGGGGCGCUUGUGUGUGUAGCUGAUGAGAUGGAAUAUGAUGAGCGACUUGCCCGUUUUCGGCAAUGCCACGUCAACCCCUUCAAUAGAGGCGAGGAGGAGGGUGCCAGGGAGGACAAACAUGCCCCCCAACAUGAGGUGAGGCCUGAGCUGUUCUCCACCGAAGCCAAAACUCAGACCGUGGACCGCACUAUGGACCUGGGCCUAGCAGAGGACCACUUUUCUCGGCCUGUGGGUUCCUUCGUGGCCUCCGACAUCGAGCAGCUGAAGCUGGCCAUCGAGGAGUGCAAGCGGCUGAUCCUGGAGCUGCCCGAGCACUCUGAGCGACAGAAGGACACCGUGGUCAAACUCAUCCACCUUCGGCUGAAGCUGCAGGAGCUGGAGGACCCAGAGGAGGAUGAGCCCAACCUGAGAGUCCUCCUGGAGCACCGAUUCUCCAAGGAGAAGAGCAAGAGCGUGAAGCAGACCUGUGACAAGUGCAGCACCAUCAUCUGGGGCCUGAUCCAGACCUGGUACACCUGCACAGGUUGUUACUACCGUUGUCAUAGCAAAUGCAUGAACCUCAUCACGAAGCCGUGUGUGAGGUCAAAGGUCAGCCACCAGUCUGAGUAUGAGCUGAAUAUCUGCCCCGAGAUCGGGCUGGACAGACAGGAUUACAGGUGUGCAGAAUGUCGGACGCCUGUGUCACUGAGAGGCGUUCCCAGUGAGGCCAGGCAGUGUGACUACACGGGACAGUACUACUGCAGUAGCUGCCACUGGAACGACACUGCGGUCGUGCCAGCGCGUGUCAUCCACAACUGGGAGUUUGAGCCCAGGAAGCAGGUGUGCCGCUCCUCCAUGCGUUACCUGGCUCUGAUGAUGUCCAGACCCGUGCUGAAGCUCCGUGAGAUCAACCCGCUGCUCUUCAACUUCGUGGAAGAGCUGGUGGAGAUCCGGAAACUGCGUCAGGACAUACUUCUGAUGAAGCCGUACUUCCUCACCUGUAAGGAGGCCAUGGAGGCUAGGCUGCUGCUCCAGCUGCACGACCGGCAGCACUUUGUGGAGAACGACGACAUGUACUCCCUGCAGGACCUGAUCGACAUCUCCAGCGGACGGCUCAGCUGCUCCCUGACGGAGAUCCACACCACCUUCGCCAAGCACAUCAAGCUGGACUGUGAGAGGUGCCAGGCUAAGGGCUUUGUGUGUGAGCUGUGUAAGGAAGGAGACGUGCUCUUCCCCUUCGACAGCCACACCUCCGUGUGCCAUGACUGUUCCGCUGUUUUCCACAGGGACUGUUACUAUGACAACUCCACUACGUGUCCACGAUGCACAAGAAUGACAGAACGCAAACACGACCCGGAAAAUCCUCAAGAGGCUUGACCCCUGACUCCUCCCCACCUCACUACGGCGACUGUCCGUAGAAGAGGACGGUGUGUUUUUGCUUUUAGCCUAUGCUACAGUAAGAUGAACAUGGACAGCUUUUCACCUACCAUAGUUGUGUUCAUGAGCACCUCCGCAGUAGUCGAUACUGUGGACCCUGCAUAUGAAGGAAGAGUGUUCCAGCACUGAUCACAGGAAGGAAAAAAACGGGUAACUAAACGAUCAUGUUUGGUAGUCUUUUGGGCUCUUCUGUCAAUAGAAGCUUGUACAACACUUAAGUGUCUCCUGGGUCAGAUAUUUAUGACAGUCACAUGUGCAAACCCAGUUCUUAUAACCAAGUAUACUACCUUACCAGUGAGCUUUGACUGACAUUUUUGGUUGCUAUGGCUGGACUCACAAGUCUUGAAGAUACCCUUAACUGAUAGAUUGGACUGCAAAAACAUACUUGUAUAGUUGUAUAACCCAUGUAUUGCGUAAAACUUUCAAAUGAAGGCUGUAUUGAAUAUUGCCAUAUUCUUAAUUAACCUUUAGAGCGUGGCUUAUUUUGAUGGAAGACAUUUAAUAGUCUAACAUCAGUGGCCAUUUUUGAUUUAAAAAUAACAUUUUUCCCCCACUCUAAAUAUUGGAUGUAUAGCCAAAACCAGUGGUCAGAAAUAAGUGUAUUUACAAUAUGCAUGACAUUUUUUGGUUGACUUUUGGCUGCAUUUAACUGCUUAAAUUUGGUGCAAUAUGCAUUCUCCCUCAGGGGAAGCAUAGUUUGAUUAGUUGAGGAUGACUGAUGACAAGGCAAUCUUGUCGUACAAGAUGGGGGUAUUUUGACGUUAUAUUAUUUGUUUUAAAAUAAUAUUUGUGUUUGCUGUAUUGUUUCAGCAUGGACUCUUCGCCUUCGCCAACACCCCCCCCCCCCCCCCCCGGUUUCUGAGUAAUUUACUAUUUUUGUGAUGUUUUAUUUCGUGUAACUGCACUGUAAUAAAUGUAAUCAUGUAUAAGUAAUGCAUGAAUAAAGUAAUGAACAACGCAGAAA